AUGGCUGCGACAUUAAGAUCACACAAAUACUCAGCCUUUCGCGCACCUAAAGAAAUUGAAGGCGUUAAUUAUUAUUUUAGAGAGGUAGAAGCGCAUGAAUGGAAAUUAAAACACUAUCUAAACUAUCGUUUAGAAAAGGAAGAAAUACUUCCAUCUUGGAUAAUGAUUUACAAAGAUUGGCAAGAAUCAAUCGUAAAUAUAAAAAAAAAUAAUUAUAAAAAUGUUCCAGGUUCUAUAUGCUCGUUUUGUAAUGAAUUAUUAAACGUUGAUACUUUUGAAGGUUUGUCGAUUUUAAAAAGUUGCAGAGAUUGGUAUAUCAAAUUCUACGAUCGAAACCAUGACCUAAAGCUUUCUGAGAGAGUUCAAAAGCAGGAAACGACUAUAUUUUCAACUCAGAAUAUUUCAGAACUGUUGCAAAGUACAACUGUCCUAGGAAAAAGAGAAAAUGCAAGUGAUCUUGAAGAAGAACGAAUAUUAAAAAGGCAACAUAAUCGAGACGGUUAUACCACACCAUCACCACAACUAUGUGAAGACGAUAACCUUAUUAUUGAGUUACCUAAGUUUUCAGGACCCAGUCAACAAUUUAUCUUUGAUGGGGGACUUCCAAACUACGAAGAUGACAUAAAUAUUGACCCGGAAUUAAUACUUGAAGAAACUAAUGAAGCCACUAUCCCUUACUUUGAACGCUCAUUCAAUCAUGACUCUUGGAAGAGUUGGACAUUGAAAUCUGGUUCGGUAGUUACUGACUUGCUAGAGAAAGCAUCAAGUGUCAAAGGACAUCCUCUGAGACCAGAGGUUUGGAGAAUCAUUCGUUGUGGGUUCAAGAUAGCAAAACCGAGAUGGUUAAAUAAUGAAGAGUACACCGAGAUACAGAGCUUUACCAAACGUCCAAGUAUUACAAGUCCUCCAAAACAUAUUAUUGAACUUUUGAAAAUUAAAUCAUUAGAAUCUUUGGGAUUCGAAGUAAAAAGGUUCAAAAGAGACAAAUUAAAUGAAGAUACUCAUCUCCUGAAUGAUAUUAUUAAUCAGUAUUCAGGUGAAAGAAAAGAUCUUUUUUUGGAAAAUAUCAAGAUAACGUGUUCGAUGCUAUAUCAUGAAGAUCCAUUCACUGCUUUUUUCAUAAAAGUUUUAUCUUUAUUCCAUAAAUAUGUUUUUAUACAAGAUUCUAUUAUGCAACACCCAGUUGUGUCAGAGGCAGUUUAUGGAGGUUAUUUGGUACAUCCUUGCUUAAAAAAAAUACUUGUCGGCUUAGAAGAUUGUCUAUAUUAUCAAAUGGGAGAAGUCAUUUUAUCAUCAGUUAAAUCUUGCAGAAGUCGACGAAAAAGUAUCAGCCCUUAUGAACAAAAAUCUGAUGGAGUCUUCUCUGUGAAAUUAACAAAAUCAUUAAUUGAAAUAGGUCAUUUAGAAAUGAGUGGAGGAUAUGGGCAUAAAGAUAUCCCUCGUUCUACGUGGGAUGAGGAUCGCAUUGAGUUGUGGCAAAUGUAUAAUCCAUCCUGCGGUGUUUUGCAAUACGAACGGUCACAUAAGUCAAUUGUACCAAUUUGUUAUGAAGAUCAUCGUAAACAUAUUUUUGAUUUUGUUGUCCUCCUUUGGGAUCUCAAGUAUGGAUUAUUGGAAACAUCCAGAAUAAUAUUUCAGCUGAGAGAUGAAAAUAAUGAUAAUUUGUUCGAAUCAUCCAAACUUUCCGGUAGUCUCCCAGCGUAUCCAUUUACUCCAAGUAAAGAUAAAUACAAAAUCGGUAUUAAAGAUACAAAUGUAGAUAGUGAUCCUGAUAAUAGUUCUCCAAUUCGAUAUGACAAAAAAUUAUACCAUAUUCAAAAUAAUAAUGAUAUUUUUGAAUAUUAG